AUUAGUCUAAACUAGAAAAGAUAACGAUUUCAACGAAGAUAGUCAGCUUAGCAUAUCUUUUUAUAAAAUCAUACAUUCUCACGAAGAGCACAAAAUAUUUUAAGUACCAAAUAUUUGAAUUGAUGAAAGACAUGUUGACAACUCCCCCACUAAUUCUAACUUACAUGAAAAUGACCAUUCUUAGUUAACUUCCAUUCCCUCAAUUUCUUUCAACCCCUUUAAAUUCAUCCUUACAUGUCUUCCUUUCCUAUGUUCAAUUUUCGAUUAACUCGAGCCCUUUGAUUCAACAAAGAGAGAGCGUGUUUAAGAAACUCGAAAAUUUCUAUGGAGAUACAAUUUCAACAAAACUUCAUUGGUCAAAUGGGGGCGAAAAGUGUGAUCCCAAUAAACAAAGUCACAAAGCUCAAAGGAAAAUCAAAGAAAUCAUCAAGUAGCGUGAAUAGAAGCAACAAAUUUGUAGGGGUGAGGCAAAGGCCGAGUGGGAGAUGGGUGGCCGAGAUCAAAGACACAACCCAAAAGAUUAGGAUGUGGCUAGGCACCUUUGAGACCGCGGAGGCAGCUGCUCGUGCCUAUGACGAAGCAGCCUGCCUGCUUCGAGGGUCAAACACUCGAACCAAUUUUGUUGUCACUCAUGUUUCUCCUAACUCCCCUGUUGCUUCUAGGAUCAAAAACCUCCUCAAAAACAAAAAACUAGAGUCCCAAAAAUCAAGCAAUGUCGAUCAUCAAGUUGCUAAUACUUUAGUUACCCCCUCAACUACAAAUUCGGCUGCAUUUUCCUCAAGUACUGCUAACACCGCUUUUUCUAACCCUUUUAAUAACUUAGCUAGUACUAAUAGUAGUAUAGCUCAAUUUCAGAAUAAUUUUGGGUAUAAAAGUCUUGAUAAUUUUAGUGCACAAACCCAAGGUUUACAUCAAAAUAGGGAGUAUAAUGGUGAUGUAUAUAGGCCUCAACUGAAUGGUUUUGUUGGAAACUACGAGUUAGUUGAUUACUCAACAUUAUUCCAAUGUGGUAUGCCUGGGGGUUGUGACAUAAAUCCUAGCAUGCUAAAGCUACCUCUAAGUCUAAGCUGCCAAAACCAAAGCCAAGAGACGUCAGAGAUGCCUAAAAAUGUAGCACUUCCACAAGCAAUGGGCGCGGAAUUGUUAGAGAUGGAGAAGAUAAAAAUGGAAAAGGAUAUUUCAGCAUCCUACUACAACGCGGCUAGUAAUGGAUUACACGAGUUCAUCGAUUUUGUACAUGAUCCUAUUGAAUCCCUUUGGGAUCUUCCUCCACUUUAUUCAUCUUUUUGUUCAAUUUGAUAGCCCAUUUUCGCCUAUUUGUUCGUGGCUUCCUUGGUUGAUUAACCAAAACACCUCAACUUUGCUAGUUGAGAGGGGUGAAAGCCAAUAGAGUAAAAUGAAAAAACUCUUUGGCUUUGACCUUAUCAAUCUUGUUUUAGUUUAUAUUUUUUUUUCUUACUUAAUUUUGACCUUGGUUAAGUAUUAGGAAUGGAUCAACUUUAAGCUUGUUGGAAAUUUAUUGACGAGGAGUUUUAAGAGAGAUGGAAUAUGUCCUCUCCUAAUCUCUUGCGUGAUUAUAUUGUAUCAUGAUAUACAUAUGUAUACACAUUUUCUUACUUGUGUACUCUUUAAUAAUGUCAAUGAUGAAAGGGUUACAUACAU